CCUGGUUUCUCAGAGCAGAGAAGGCGGACAGGUGCCUCCGGACAAAGCCUCCGCCUCGCUGUGCAGUGUUGAAAGGCCUUCUCCUAGUCCUCGGGCUUUGUGUUUGUCCUUGUCCUUCUCCUUCUCCUUGGCCCUCGGAAUUGUGUUUGUCGUUGUGUUACGGUUGGGUUUGUGGCAGGGUGCCGAGGUUGGCAUCAUGGCGGGCUCUCGCAAAUUGUAGAGGGCGGAGAGGCUGCGGAGCUGCGGGCGCUACCGGUGCGUUUGCGUCAAGCUCGGCGUUUUCGCCCGCUGCAGGCUUUGCCUUUGCUUUUGAGUGUGUGCGGAGGGCAGUGGGACAUGUGCAUAUGUGCCCGAUGGAGCGUGGCUGCAAGAGGCAGCGGCCAGGACCACGUCCCGACCAGGAGCAGUCCACAAGGAGAGGUGAAAAGUCUUUCACUUGGGGAGAAAGAAUCCCUUGUUCCAUGAAAGCUGCCUGGUGGAAAAGGCCCAGGGGUCCCGAUGGACACCAAGAUGAACCUGAGGCAGCAUCAUGCCCUUGUCAUAAAGAAGGCUAAUGAUAUCUCACGUUGCAUCAGUGGAGUAUCUCAAACAGGUUAGGGAAAAUCGUCCUUCCCAUCUGAUCACCACUGAUGAGGCAAGACCCUGCCUAGUGUUUCAGAGAUUAAAGGGAUCUAGCUCAUGACACUUACCCUUGUUUCCUGGAGAUUAAAACAGCACUUGUAAUUGUCCUAGCAAAUGACCCUCUAAGAAGUCAGAUGAAUGAUUUUCUUCACCCUCCAAGAGAAAAAUAAAUUAAAUUAAAUGAAAGAAAUUAAAGUUUCCUCCCUUCAGGAAAUAUGUUCCAUCUCGGGAGUAGCUUUUCUGAAAUGCUUCACAAGUAGAGUUUGGCUCUGUAUAUUGGCUCGUUAAGUUGUCUUGCUAAACAGUUUCGUUCCUUAAAUUCUUUGUCCUGCUUGUUAGGGAGCAAGUGGUCCUCAUCCUGUCCUUUUUCUGGGAUGUAACACGAAUGUGAGAUUGGGCAACAGUUAUUCUCAUGGUAAUGCCACUUGGCCAUCCUUCCUUAAAAGCAAAGCAAGUCACGCUCAUGUAAUGCACUUUAGCCAUGUCCCCACGUCAGCAGGGAAAGGAUGGUGUGAGUCCUGUGUUUCAAUGCAGCACAAGUGCUGCUCUCUUUCUUGGCUGGUUCCUGGAUCUCUGUGUCUGAGAUGCAUGGGCCGUGUGUGCAUUUGUGAUGUGUGCUUCUCCAGUUUGGCCAGCAAGAAAGAUGCUUAGACAGAGUACUAUCACCUCCAGAGGACAGAAAAAACGUGCACAACCUGAGAUAGAAAAGGUGGGUUGGCUGUGUUCUGGAGAUUACCUCAAAGCUCUAGAAGUACUCAUGAUACUGGGAAUGAUGGUAACUGUAAAGCAGUCUGAACUUCAGUUUGCCUGGACUCAGAUUGACCGGCAAGAAACUGCCGGACUUUUGUGAAAGGCUGCGAGUCGGCGGCCAGGAGCGCGUCCCGUCCCGGAGCAGUCCCGCCGCAGGCCGCAGGGUGGUGCUCGUGGCCAAGGCGGCGGCGAGCGGCUGCGAGCGGGGAGGCGGCCGAGCCCAGCGCAGCGCAGCGCAGCCGGGAGGCGGCGGCGAGCGGUCGUCCGCGGCGUCCUCCGCAGCAGCCGCUGCCGGUCCCGGAGUGCCGCGCUGCGGGCCGCCAGCCGAGCUCGGCGAGAGGGAGAGAGGGAGGCCGCGAGGGAGGGCGCCCGCCCUUGGCGCCGCGCUGCUGCCGGGCGCCGCUUCCCGCGGAGGACUGCGGCAGACGGAGGGUGUCCGCCGCCCCGCCAUGGCGUCUGCAAGGCAAGUGCUUUGUCUGUGUGCUUUGCUGUGCGUGCCGCGCGUUCGCUGCGAGCCCAUCCGCUACUCCGUAGCCGAGGAGGGGGAGAGCGGCUCCGUGGUGGCCAACGUGGCGGAGGACGCGGGGCUGACGCCGGCGCAGCUGUCGGCUCGCCGGGCACGCAUUGCCUCCGCGGACGGCCGGCAGCAUUUUCGCUUAGAGCGCGCCACCGGCCGCCUCGUCCUGGCGGAGCGGCUCGAUCGCGAGGAGAUGUGCGGCCGCUCGCUUACCUGCACGCUCGCCUUCGAGCUCCUGCUGGAAAACCCGCUGCAGUUCUUUCGUGUCGAGGUGGCCGUGGAGGACGUCAACGACCACUCGCCGGUCUUUCCCGAGGAACGAGUCACUUUUCAGAUCCCGGAAAGGGGAGACCCUGGCUCGCGUUUCCCCGUGGAGGCGGCUCAGGACCUGGACGUUGGCAGCAACAGCAUCCAGGCUUACACUAUUGCUCCGGAGAACGAGUACUUCAGUGUUUCUUUUAAGCAUCCGAGAAAAAAAAAUGUAGAAUUGGUAUUGGAGAAGCCUCUCGACAGAGAGGAGCAGCCAGAGCUGCUUUUCAGUCUCAUUGCUACAGACGGUGGCUCUCCACCUAGGAGCGGGACCACCCAAAUCCACAUCGUAGUUCUAGAUGUAAAUGACAAUGCUCCCUCCUUUACUCAGGACGUUUAUGUUGGUCAGGUUUUGGAAAGUGCCCUAGCAGGCUGUGUGGUUCUCAGAGUUGUAGCCACCGAUCCAGACGUGGGACUGAAUGGUGACAUCACCUACAGGUUCAGCCAAGCAGUCAGUGACAGCCAAUUGCCUUUCAAAAUUGAUAACAUGAGUGGUGAAAUUCGUGUCACAAAUGCCCUGGAUUUUGAGAUCACACAGAAAUAUGAGUUCAGUGUGCUGGCAACUGAUGGUGGGGGCAUAUCGGCCAUGUGCAAUGUAGUCGUGGAGGUGGUGGAUGUGAACGACAAUGCACCAGAGGUGGUGGUGAGUUCCUUCAGCAGCCCCCUCCCCGAGAACCCGGAGCCUGGGACAGUGGUAGCUGUAUUUGCAGUGAGGGACCGGGAUUCUGGUGUGAAUGGGGAGAUCAGCUGUGCCCUUGAAGACCAGGUCUUCUUCUCCCUAAGGCCAGCCUAUAAGAAUUACUAUGAGUUAGUGACAGUGACCACAUUGGACCGGGAAGAGACAGCUCAGUAUCUUGUGGUCAUCACAGCGGCAGACGCAGGUUCUCCUCCUCUCACCAGCACCCAAACCUUCACGGUGGACGUCUCUGAUGUCAAUGACAAUGCCCCUGUCUUCAACCAGACAUCAUACACCAUGUAUGUGCGAGAGAACAAUAUCCCUGGAGUGCUUGUUGGGGCUGUCAAUGCAGUGGACUCAGAUGCAGGACUCAAUGCCAAGGUGAUCUAUUCCCUGAGGCCUGUGCACCCCACUGAGCAGGACCCCUGCUCCUGCAUCUCCGUGAACUCAGAGAACGGACAUGUGUUUGUGCUGCGUCCACUGGACUAUGAGCAGGUGAGGCAGCUUGAGGUGCUGGUGAGUGCCACCGAUGCGGGGUCCCCUCCCCUCAGCACCAACGUCACCGUCCGCCUCCUCGUGGUGGAUGAGAACGACAAUGCCCCACUGGUGUUGCAUCCCGCACAGGACAGCAGCCCGCCAUCCAGUGAGCUGGUGCCAGCGUCAGCUGAGGUGGGGGAUCUGGUCACCAAAGUGGUGGCUGUUGAUGCGGACUCUGGUCAGAACUCGUGGCUUUCCUUCCACCUGCUGAGGGCUACAGACCCCGGGCUGUUUGCUGUGGGUAGCCAAAAUGGGGAGGUGCGUCUGAGGAGGCCAGUGACAGAGAGGGAUGCUGUGAAGCAGAAGCUCGAGGUGCUGGUGCGUGACAAUGGGCGGCCACCUCUGUCAGCCACUGCAGCACUGAACGUACUCUUGCUCAACGGCCUCUCACAGGAACACCUGCCACAGCAGGAGCUUGCUGUGCAGGAUGAAGACAGCUCCCUGACAAUCUAUUUAAUCGUUUCACUGGUCUUUGUCUCCCUCCUCUUCCUCACAUCUGUCGCAGCCUUUGUUGCUUGCAAGGUGUUCAAGAGAAAGGAGCUGAAAGGAGGGCACAUGCUGUAUGGCACGGGCAACUUUCAGAGCAGUCUGGCUGAUGGGGCUGCUGCUGGGACCCUUCCCCACGCCUAUUGCUACGAGAUCAACCUCACCACGGGGUCGGGCAACAGCGAGUUCAAGUUCCUGAAGCCCAUCCUCCCCAGCCUGCCACCACAGCACUCAGACACAGGCAGGGGUGUUGCUGACACAGAGGAUUUCCCUCCCAUCCCGAACUCCAUGGGGGAUGUAGCCCUGGACAUCUCUGGUACACCAUCUGUUGGACACUUUAAUGGCCUUCCCUUUAACUAGGUCUGAGUCCACGCAGUGGAAAGCUUAAUGCGUUGGAGCUGGAAGGGAUCUGGCUAAUGAUAUUCAGUCUUGUUUCCUGGAGAUUAAAUCUGCAUUUGUGAUUGGCUUCACAAGUGACCCUCUAACACUGUCUGAUGUACAUUUUUCUUCAACCCUCCAAAAAAUCAGAAAUAAAAAAUUGUUAGACAACUAAGGUCUUUCUUUUCAUGCAAUGAUGUGUUUCAGCUCUGAUACUGAGUUCUCCAAAGUGCUUCAUGAGCAAGGUUUGAUUCUGGUUCUCUGGCUAAAUGCUUGUCAUUAGGAAAAGCCUUGAGAAUCACCCUGUCUUAUUCUGUGCUGUAACAUAAUGUUGAGGUUGGGCAGAUGACAGUGCAGUAUAGCCCCUCUCCCUUGUCUGCAAUGUAAGAAAGGAGGUAGCUCUGUGUUUCACUGCAGAGCAAGUGCUACUCUUAUUCUUUGCUGAUUCCUGGAUCUCUCUGUGUGAGACAUGUGAGCACCAUGUGUUUUUGCACUGCAUUUUCUUCCACCUUUUUUGCCAAGAAGUAUAUUAUGUAUUGAGUUCUUCCAUCUCAUCUUAACCACGGCACAGCAAAAAUGUGCAAAGCCAGGCCUUGCAGUGGUUCAUCUGCUUUGGAUUGACCCAAAAUUAAAGGUGCACUAAUGAUUCCGUCAUGAAAGACAAGUUGACACAUCACCUCGGAAGACCUUUUGUCUACAGAUGGAACCAAGAAUGACUUUAAAGGUAGAAUUCAGCUUGGUGUCAUUGCAUUCAUUGCUGCCUGCCAGGGUUCCUCAAUGAAAGGGAAGUGCUGUCAUGGUCUGGUUUUCCAGAUAUUUGUUAGAAUGCUUACAUUUUCCUUUUUUCCCUUUCUCCUUUGGCUGUAUAUUUAAACUUUGUCUUACCAAUUCCCUUUAAUAAGGACUGACACCCAACCUAUAACAAUGGGUCAUUGGAAAGAAACUGUUAUGGGACUGGAUACUUAAACACCUGUAUAGUUGAACUGAUGUUUAAACUGUAUCCUUUUUAACCCAGCAUACCCUUGUCUGUAAUAGUGAAAUGAAAUAAAUGCCUGAGUGCCAUUCUGGCAAUAAAAAGGGUGCUGUUGUGGAGAGA